AACGCGCAGCACGAAGCGUGCCCGCGAGAAAGCAGCCAAAAGUUGAUGAAAAUUUCUGAACUAUGAGUGUUUGGUCAGAAUAACCGGGCCAGAGGUUGUGGUAGAUUUCAUAAUUAGCUUCACAAGUGUAUGUCUCAUUUACGGAAAUUUUACCGUCCGACCCGGCAUAAACUUUAUGGGCGAAACUGCCGGGUUGCUGCAAGUUUUGGCGGGCACGCCAUGGGCACGCGGAGAGCCAACCCAGCCGCGAGAAGGGAGUUUUGAUGAAGCGGUUCUUCCGCUUCGCCGCUCUGCUGUGCAGGUGGACGUGAACGCCGGGCUGUCGGGCGGCGCGGCGUGCACCAGGGCGCCCCUGCACUACGCCGUCCAGAGCGACGCCACCGACUGCGCCCAGCUGCUGCUGCAGGCCGGCGCCAUCCCCAACACGCCUCAAGUGUUCACCGAGACGCCGCUGCACGUGGCCGCCGCCCUGGGGUCGGCGUCGUGCGUCGGCCUGCUGCUGGAGCACGGCGCCGACGUCCGCGUGCAGUUCGGCGCCAUGCGCGCCACGGCACUGCACCUGGCCGCCGAGGACGGCAACGCGGAGUGCGCGCGGCUGCUGCUGGAGGCGGGGGCGGACACCACGGCCAUCAACUGGCGGCGGCAGACGCCGCUGCACCUGGCCGCCCACGCGCAGUCCGCCGCCACCAUCCAGCUGCUGCUAGCGCGCCGCGCCGACCCCAACAGCCAGGACGACGACGGCCGCACCCCGCUGCACUGCGCCAUCGUCAAGCUGUCCCGCUCCUGCGACUGCGUGCGGCUGCUGCUGCAGGCCGGCGCCGCGGUGAACCAGGCCGACAGCUUCGGCUACACGCCACUGCACAUGGCCGCCCUCAACGAGUUCUCCAACUACGUCCUGCUGCUGCUGGCGCACGGCGGCGACGUCACGGCGCGCACCAAGGGCAACGUGUCCGUGCUCUCGUUCAUCGUGCGCCGCACGCCCGACGUGCUGCCCAAGUUCGUGCAGAGGCUGGACCAGGCCGUGCGCCUGCACGACCACGAGAUCGGCGACGUGGACUGCGAGCUCAAGAUGGACUUCCGCAUCCUGGUGCCGAACGCGGACCGCGGCGAGAGCGUGCUGUUCCUGGACCUGAUCGACGUGGGCCAGCGCAGCAUCCUGCAGCACCCGCUCUGCGAGACGUUCCUCUUCCUCAAGUGGCGCCGCAUCCGCAAGUUCUUCCUGCUGUCGCUGCUCUUCCACGCCGCCUUCGUCGUGCUCUACUCCGUGUACGUCAUCGGCGUGUACCCGCGCAACUGCGACGGCGAGCAGCUGCCGCGGUACAUGUGCCAGAUCCCCAUGGCCACCACCGUGUCCGGCUACGUGCUGCUGGCCAUGAACGGGCUGCUCGUCACCAAGGAGGCCUUCCAGCUGGCGCACGGCUUCCGCGCCUACGUCCGCCACUGGGAGAACUGGCUGCAGCUCCUCAUCGUGGUGUCCGUGUUCCUCUGCGACAUUCCUUCCGGCCGGGUGUCCUCGUGGCAGCACCACAUGGCGGCGCUGGGCAUCUUCCUCACGUGGCUGGAGCUCAUGAUGAUCGUGGGCCGCUUCCCCACGUUCGGCCUGUACGUGCAGAUGUUCACCACGGUGGCCGUCAACUUCUCCAAGUUCCUGCUCGCCUACUGCUGCCUGCUGUUCGCGUUCGGCCUCAGCUUCGCCGUGCUGUUCGCCAACUACCCGCCCUUCGCCAACGUGCCGCUGUCGCUGCUUAAGACGGUCGUAAUGAUGUCGGGCGAGCUCGAGUUCGAGGACAUGUUCUACAACGGCCAGCCCGGCGAGGAGAUCCAGUUUCCCUACACGGCGCACUUCCUCUUCCUCAUGUUCGUCGUCCUCGUCACGGUCAUCCUCACCAACCUGCUGGUCGGGCUGGCCGUCAGCGACAUCCAGGGGCUGCAGAAGUCCGCCGGCCUGGACCGCCUGGUCCGGCAGGCCGAGCUGGUGGCGCACCUGGAGAGCAUGCUGUUCUCGCGGCUGCUGCGGUGGCUGCCCGCCAAGCUGCUGGCCGUGUGCCACCGGUCGGCGCUGCUGCUGUCCUCGCCGAGGUCCUGCGCCAUCUUCAUCCGGCCCAACGACCCCCGCGAGCACCGCAUCCCGCGCUACCUGGUGCGCCGCGCCUACCGCCUCGUGGCCGAGCGCCGCGACCGGGGAACUAUAGCUGACAGAAGAUUCUUUUCAUGCAAGAAAUCAGCCAGCAAAACUUAG